CGAUGCCUUGGAUAGUUCUAGUAAUAAAUUAAAUCAUAAAAACAAUAAUAAUAAGGCUAAGGAUAAGGAUCGAGCUAGAGACGCAUGCAAAGAUUUGUCACCGAGUUCCAUUGAUGAAUCAUGCCUGACCAAACACUCCCAACAGCAACACCAACAACAACCACAACAACCACAACAAGCAACAAGCAGCUCGCGCAAUGGCGCAAAGCCAAUAACAACAUCAUCUCAGCGUCGCCGUCAGCUACAAUUUCAGCGGCAGAAGGAGUUAAAACUUUAUGACCCCAGCGAUGAGUCGCAAGCAACAACAACAACAACAACAACAGCAGCCACAACAGCCACACCCUCCACAAGUGUAAUGGGUGGGGGUGAGCUGGUCAAUUGCAUAGCUUAUGAUGAUAAUACGCUAAUAAUUGAACGCAAGCCCUCGCCCACAUCUCCAGCUAGCUCCAGACGUUAUCUAAAAGCCGAGACGCCGACGCGCGGCAGUCGCAAAUACAAUCGCAAGUCGAGGACAGCGAAAGGUGAGCUGGAGGUAAUCAUUGUCAAGCCGGAGCAUCAUCAUCAGCAUCGAUCGCCGACGAUAACGUUGCCGUUGCCGUUGCCGUUGCCAGGCGCAGGACACAGCAUCACAACAGCAACAACCCCAGCAACAACAUCCUCAACAACAACAACAGGUCCAACGGUGCUACAACAAAGUUGCAGUCCGCUUGAGGUAAUUGCCAGCUGUGAGGAUACGACAGCGGGCAGCUCCAGCCGAAUACGAGGCGCCAACACAGAGCUAGCACUGAGCACGGUCACCAGCCAAAUUGUUAAUAAUAGCACCUACAAGCUCGACUUUAAGCAGCGCAGCAGGCACAAAAACAACAACAACAACGGCAGCGAGGCAGGCUCCAGCAACGGCAGCAAGCGUCAGCGUCGCAAAUCUAGCUGCACCUCGUGCGGCGGUACAGCGGGCGCCGGCAGCGCCAAUCAACGCCUGACGCCGGAGGAGGCACUAACCGCGGCAGCGCAGUCCGCUGCGGCAGCAGCAGCGGCAGCGGGUUGGCAACAACAGCCACAGAACAGUGUGACCAGCGCCGGGAGCACCAACAGCAGCUACAGCAGCGGUGCCCGAGACGAGGACAGCAGCUACAGUGCUGUUGGCGGCGACAGCAGCAGCAGCAACAGUUGCAACUGCGACAUUACUGGCGACAAUAGCACCUUGCAUGGCUUUGGAGUUGGUGACAUCAGCAGUUUCAUAGGCGACGACGACUGUGAGCCGGGUGAGGAGGACAACGACGACGACGACAACAACGAUCCGGACAAUCCGGACGGGUCAGAUCUUAGCUCGCAAACGCUGCGCACAGCGGCAAUUGUUGCAGCUGUCGCGGCAGCAGCCAAAGAGCAGGCGGCUACCGACUGUGAGAGUUACAGUGAGAGACGCCAGGAUGCGGAUGAUGAUGCGGACGAUGAUAUUAGGAUCAUUGCAGGCGCAGUGCGUAGUGGCAACGACUCGCUCGAGGAUGUUGGCGAUGUCGACGACAAUGCGGAUGUCAUUGUAAGAAGGAAUACACGCAAUCAACGGCCCUCCAUACGGAGGACAUGUAGAAUCACUGAGGAGGAGGACGACGGCGCCGAGCAAGACGACGACGAGUACGACGAAGAAGACGAGCCCGAGGGCACAACUAUUGAUAUUGAUGAGCAGGAGCAGCUGGGACAGCAGCAUCAGGACUAUUACGACCAGGACGACGACGAAGACGACGACGAGGAGGUCGAGGACGACGAGGAGGUUGACGAGUAUUACGAAGAGGAGGAGGACGAUACUCAAGCAUUCUCGCCAUUCUACUCCAGCUCCGCGGAGCUGAUUGAUAAUUUCGGCGGCGGCGCCGGAAAAUACUUUAACAUUAUGGACUUUGAGCGAGGCGCCGCUGGCGGCAGCACCUUCACGCCCAAUGGCAAUGGAGGCGCGGCGGUUGGCGGCGACAUGUCCCGUGCCCAUAAUCCGCAAUCGGAUAUGGGCGGCGGCAACAACAUUAUGGGCAUCGAUGCCAUGGGCAUUGCUAACAUUCCGGAAACUAUGAACGGCACCACAAUUGGACCCAGCGGCGCCGGUGGACAAAAGGCGGCCGCUGCCGGCCAAAAGCGGCCGCAGCGACGCGGCAAACCGCAGCCGGAUCGACCACAAAGGGCGCUCUUCUGUCUAGGCGUUAAGAAUCCCAUACGAGCGCUCUGCAUACGGAUCGUGGAAUGGAAACCAUUUGAAUUCCUUAUUUUGUUAACAAUAUUUGCCAAUUGUAUUGCCUUGGCCGUUUACACGCCUUAUCCGGGCAGCGAUUCGAACGUGACGAAUCAAACCUUGGAAAAAGUUGAAUAUAUAUUCCUAGUUAUAUUCACAGCGGAAUGUGUUAUGAAGAUUUUAGCAUAUGGUUUUGUGUUACAUAAUGGUGCAUAUCUAAGAAAUGGAUGGAAUUUAUUAGAUUUUACAAUUGUAGUUAUAGGAGCAAUAAGUACAGCACUGUCCCAUUUGAUGAAGGAUGCCUUCGAUGUGAAAGCGCUCCGAGCCUUUCGUGUACUGCGUCCAUUGCGACUUGUAUCGGGUGUACCAAGUCUACAGGUUGUGCUUAAUUCAAUUUUAAAGGCCAUGGUGCCACUGUUUCACAUUGCACUACUGGUCAUAUUCGUAAUCAUAAUCUAUGCCAUAAUUGGUCUAGAGUUAUUCUCUGGUAAAUUGCAUAAGACGUGUCGAGAUGAGGUAACAGGUGAAUACGAGGACGAUGUGAGACCCUGCGGUGUGGGCUAUGCCUGCCCCGAGGGCAUGAAAUGCUAUGGCAAUUGGCCCGGUCCCAACUAUGGCAUUACGAACUUUGAUAAUUUUGGACUGGCCAUGUUGACGGUAUUCCAGUGCGUCACACUCGAGGGCUGGACAGAUGUUUUGUAUUAUAUACAAGAUGCCAUGGGCAGCGAUUGGCAGUGGAUGUAUUUCAUUUCCAUGGUUAUUUUGGGUGCAUUUUUUGUGAUGAACCUGAUUCUCGGUGUGUUGUCCGGUGAGUUCUCCAAAGAGCGUAACAAGGCCAAAAAUCGCGGCGAUUUCCAGAAGCUGCGCGAGAAGCAACAAAUCGAAGAGGAUUUGCGCGGCUAUCUCGACUGGAUCACGCAGGCCGAGGACAUUGAGCCCGAUGCGACGGGCGGUCUGAUGCCCGAUGGCAAGGGCAAGCAGCAAAAUGAAAUGGACUCUACCGAAAAUAUGGGCGAAGAGAUGCCCGAAAUGCAGAUAACCGAAUCGCGUUGGCGCAUAUUGAAAAAGGAUUUCGAUCGCGUCAAUCGUCGCAUGCGUCGCGCCUGCCGCAAGGCGGUUAAAUCACAGGCCUUUUACUGGCUCAUCAUUGUGCUGGUGUUUCUCAACACUGGUGUUCUGGCGACGGAACACUAUGGGCAAGUCGAUUGGCUAGAUGAGUUUCAGGAAUACACAAAUAUGGUGUUCAUUGGUCUCUUCACUUGCGAAAUGUUGCUGAAAAUGUACAGUUUAGGCUUUCAGGGCUAUUUUGUUUCGUUGUUCAAUCGAUUUGAUUGUUUUGUGGUGAUUGGCAGCAUCUCAGAGACGCUGCUGACAAAAACCGGAAUGAUGCCUCCUUUGGGCGUCUCUGUGCUGCGUUGCGUGCGCCUGCUGCGUGUCUUCAAGGUCACCAAAUACUGGCGUUCUCUAUCGAAUCUAGUUGCUUCCCUUUUGAAUUCUAUACAAUCAAUUGCUUCGCUAUUGUUACUGCUCUUCCUAUUUAUUGUGAUAUUUGCAUUGCUGGGCAUGCAGGUUUUUGGUGGUAAAUUUAAUUACAAUGAGGAUGAGAAGUAUCGCAUGAAUUUCGAUUGCUUCUGGCAGAGUUUGCUCACAGUGUUUCAGAUAAUGACUGGUGAGGAUUGGAAUGCGGUCAUGUAUGUGGGCAUAAAUGCAUAUGGCGGUGUCUCCUCAUACGGUGCCUUGGCUUGCAUAUACUUUAUCAUAUUGUUCAUAUGCGGUAACUAUAUACUGCUAAAUGUAUUCUUGGCCAUUGCUGUGGAUAAUUUAGCCGAUGCCGAUUCGCUCUCUGAGGUGGAAAAGGAAGAGGAACCGCAGGACGAUGGCGCCAUGAAGAAAUCGCACAGUCCCACACCCACCAUAGAUGGCAUGGAUGAUGAGCAUCUAAGCAUUGACAUGGAUAUGGAACAUAAUGAGCUGGACGAUGAUAAGGAUCAUGAAACACUAUCCGAUGAAGAGGGCCGCGAAAUGUGCGAGGAUGAGGAAGAGGUGGAUGAAGAGGGCAUGAUAACAGCACGCCCACGCCGUAUGUCUGAGGUUAAUACGGCUACGAAAAUUCUACCCAUACCACCGGGCACAUCAUUCUUUCUUUUCUCCCAAACGAACAGAUUUCGUGUCUUUUGCCACUGGCUCUGUAAUCACAGCAAUUUUGGCAACAUUAUCCUAUGUUGCAUCAUGUUCUCAUCGGCCAUGUUGGCUGCAGAGAAUCCCCUAAGGGCCAACGAUGAUUUAAACAAAGUACUCAAUAAAUUUGAUUAUUUUUUCACGGCAGUUUUCACAAUAGAACUGAUUCUGAAAUUGAUUUCAUACGGCUUCGUAUUACAUGACGGAGCCUUUUGCAGAUCCGCAUUUAAUCUAUUAGAUUUACUUGUGGUCUGCGUCUCAUUGAUAUCUCUAGUAUCCAGUUCGAAUGCGAUUUCAGUCGUGAAAAUUCUACGAGUUCUCCGUGUUUUAAGGCCGCUGCGUGCAAUUAAUCGAGCCAAGGGUCUGAAGCAUGUUGUUCAAUGUGUCAUAGUCGCUGUUAAGACUAUCGGAAAUAUUGUGCUCGUCACAUGCCUACUGCAAUUCAUGUUUGCCGUUAUAGGAGUCCAAUUGUUUAAGUAUGUGGUCAAGUGCGUAGUAGUCGCAAUUAAAACCAUUGGUAAUAUCAUGUUGGUUACAUAUUUAUUGCAAUUCAUGUUUGCCGUUAUUGGAGUGCAACUCUUUAAGGGUAAAUUUUUCUCCUGCACCGAUGGCUCCAAAAUGGUGAGAGAGGAAUGCUAUGGCACCUAUCUGGUCUACGAGGAUGGGGAUAUGAACAAGCCGCGCCUGAAGGAGCGCGAAUGGAGCAAUAACGGUUUCCAUUUCGACGAUGUGGCCAAGGGCAUGUUAACACUAUUUACCGUUUCCACCUUUGAGGGCUGGCCAUCCCUGCUCUACGUCUCUAUUGACUCGAAUAAGGAAAAUGGGGGUCCAAUACACAAUUUCCGUCCUAUUGUUGCUGCCUACUAUAUAAUCUAUAUUAUUAUAAUCGCCUUCUUUAUGGUCAACAUCUUUGUCGGUUUCGUUAUUGUCACAUUUCAAAAUGAGGGUGAACAGGAGUACAAGAAUUGUGAUCUGGAUAAGAAUCAGCGUAAUUGCAUAGAGUUUGCAUUGAAAGCAAAGCCCGUGCGACGUUAUAUACCCAAACAUGGUAUACAGUAUAAAGUCUGGUGGUUUGUGACGUCAUCAUCGUUUGAAUACACCAUAUUUAUAUUGAUUAUGAUAAACACGGUCACACUGGCCAUGAAAUUCUAUCAGCAGCCGGUAUGGUAUACCGAAAUGCUGGAUGCACUGAAUAUGAUAUUUACCGCGGUGUUUGCCUUGGAGUUUGUCUUCAAACUGGCUGCUUUUCGAUUUAAGAACUACUUUGGCGAUGCAUGGAACGUUUUCGAUUUCAUUAUUGUACUGGGCAGCUUUAUAGAUAUUGUUUACUCGGAAAUUAAGAGCAAGGACACUUCGCAGGCCGCUUGUGAUAUAGUUGAGGGCUGUAAGGCCAAGGCCAAGGCGGCUGGUUCGAAUCUAAUUUCCAUCAACUUCUUUCGCCUGUUUCGUGUGAUGCGUCUCGUCAAGCUGCUCAGCAAGGGUGAGGGCAUACGCACCCUACUCUGGACCUUCAUCAAGUCCUUUCAGGCACUGCCUUAUGUAGCGCUGCUCAUUGUGCUGCUCUUCUUUAUCUACGCCGUGGUGGGCAUGCAGGUCUUUGGCAAGAUAGCGCUGGAUGGCGGCACGGCAAUAACACGGAACAACAAUUUCCAAACAUUUCAACAGGCGGUGCUGGUGCUCUUCCGUUCGGCCACCGGCGAGGCGUGGCAGGAGAUUAUGAUGUCCUGUUCAGCGCAGCCGGAAGUCCGCUGUGAUAUGCAGUCAGACACACCGGGCGAUCAAUGCGGCUCAUCCAUAGCCUAUCCCUACUUUAUAUCCUUUUAUGUGCUGUGCUCCUUUUUGAUCAUCAACCUGUUUGUGGCCGUCAUUAUGGAUAACUUUGAUUAUCUGACGCGCGACUGGUCCAUUCUGGGUCCGCAUCAUUUGGAUGAGUUCAUUAGGCUAUGGAGCGAAUACGAUCCGGAUGCCAAGGGUCGCAUAAAGCAUUUAGAUGUGGUUACAUUGCUGCGCAAAAUAUCGCCGCCCCUCGGCUUUGGUAAACUCUGUCCCCAUCGCAUGGCCUGCAAGCGUCUAGUGUCCAUGAACAUGCCCCUCAACUCCGAUGGCACGGUGCUCUUCAAUGCCACACUGUUUGCGGUGGUGCGCACCUCGUUGAGCAUCAAAACGGAGGGCAAUAUCGAUGAUGCCAAUGCCGAGCUGCGCGCUACCAUAAAACAAAUCUGGAAACGCACAAAUCCCAAGCUAUUGGAUCAAGUGGUGCCGCCACCAGGCAAUGAUGACGAGGUCACAGUGGGCAAGUUCUAUGCGACAUAUUUGAUACAGGACUAUUUCCGGCGCUUCAAGAAGCGCAAGGAGCAGGAAGGCAAAGAGGGUCAUCCCGAUAGCAACACGGUUACACUGCAAGCAGGUCUGCGCACGCUGCACGAAGUGUCGCCGGCACUGAAACGCGCCAUCUCUGGCAAUCUAGAUGAGCUGGCUGAGGAACCAGAGCCCAUGCAUCGCCGUCAUCAUACACUCUUCGGUAGCGUUUGGAGCUCUAUUCGCCGCCAUGGCAAUGGUACGUUCCGGCGCAGCGCCAAAGCAUCACAGAGCAACGGCGCACUCACCAUUGGCGGCUCCUCCCUGGCUGCUGCAGGCGUGGGCGGCAGCAGCUUGGUGCUGGGCAGUUCAGAUCCCGCCGGCGGUGAUUACCUAUACGACAGCCUCAAUCGCAGUGUGGCCGAUGGCGUCAAUCACAUAACGCGCAACAUGAUGCAGACACGUUUGGCGGCCAGUGGCAAACUGCAGGAUGAGCUGCAUGCGAGCAGCGGCGGGGAGCUUCGCACCUUUGGCGAAAGCAUCUCGAUGCGCCCGCUGGCCAGAAAUGGCGGUGGUGCAGCAACUGUCGCCGGCACGCUGCCGCCGGAGUCGAAUGCGUUAUCUUAUGACAACCGCAAUCGUGGUAUUUUAUUGCAUCCAUAUAACAAUGUCUACGCGCCCAAUGGUGCUAUUCCUGGCCACGAACGCAUGAUCCAAUCGACACCAGCUAGUCCCUACGAUCAGCGUCGUUUACCAACUUCAUCUGAAAUGAACGGCCUAGCCGAAUCAUUAAUUGGAGGGGUACUCGCCGCUGAGGGUCUAGGAAAAUAUUGUGAUUCAGAAUUUGUGGGCACAGCUGCGCGGGAGAUGCGAGAGGCACUGGAUAUGACGCCCGAGGAAAUGAAUUGGGCUGCCCAUCAGAUAUUAUCGAAUGAGCAUUCGAUGAGUCUUCUUGGCAGCAGUAAUGGCAGCAUCUUUGGUGGUGCUGGCGGUGCUGGUGGUGGUGGUGGUGGCAGCAGCAGCAUUGCUGGUGCAUUUGGUGGCAGCGCCAGUGGACCAUCAUCAUUAUCGCCAAUGCAUCAGGGCUCGGGCACUUUACAAUCACCACCGAUACCAGAUAAUCGUCUAAGACGAGUUGCCACAAUAACGACCACUAAUAAUAAUAAGUCUCAAUUUAGCCAAAAUAAUAAUAAUACUAAUAAUAUAAAUAGUAGAACUAAUGCAGCAACGCCUACGACUAGCCAAAGAAACAUGUCACCCACACAACAACAACAAAUGCAACUGCAACUACAAAAACAACAGCAAUCUCCUGAGCAUAACUUGGGCAGUGGUCAGGGCUAUCCUGCCACCUCAUAGCAUACAAACUGCAGUCCAUACAUGCAAAAUGUCUUCUUAAUGGAAUUUUAAAUGUAACAUUUAUGAACAUUUUUUUUUUUUGUAUAAUUUUUGAGAAAAAAAAAACAGCACUAGUCAUAGAUAAUUGAAGUCAAAAACAAAGCAACAUUAUGCAAAACUUGUAAAAAUUAUUGUAUGUACUUACCUAAAUAAUUAAUGGUUUGCCUUUUUGAUAACGUCUAUGAUGGUUUAUCGUCCUGUAUGAAGAACCAAUAAAUAAAUGAAAACAAGAAAAUAAAAUUAAUUAUAAUAGCAAGCACACACUCACACA